AUGAAUCCUACACCAAAAAAUCCUGAGCGCGCCUUUGCUCUCCAGAAGUAUCUACUUCUACACUCACAACACGAUGCUAUUGUCAAACGCCUCAAUUCCUUACCUGGUUCUUCAACAAAUUCCCCUACUCAUUCCCCGAACGGCCAUCGAGGAUUCUCAAGAUCACCAUCAUCAGAGUCUGAGGAGAGCUUUGAUCUCUCGUCCGAGCCGCCUGUAGGAUUUCGACACCACCAUCGUGGAGGUAGCAUUCCGACAUCAAGAUUUCGACCACGUCCACAACUGAGAACCCGAAGAUCAUCACUCCCAACCGUCAUCGACGAAAGCAUUCUCCACGAGAUCGAGGAAGGUCAAUCGAGACUGAAGGACGUCAAUCAACAAAUCAAGACCACGUUGACGGAUCUGUUGAACUGUGAAAGCGUACGGAGUGAUAAUCGGUAUCGGAAGUGGGUGAUGGAGAAAUUGAUGGCCGCGGAGAAAGAGUUGAAGGAAAACAGGAGUCUAAGCUGUGAACGACGAAAGAGCGUGGACUUCAACGGCAUGGGAUUUUGA